AAAAUGACAUGAACUUCCAGCACACACACGACACCAGUUUCACUUUCUUGAUGAAUUGUAAACUUAGAUUAUAAGCUUUUCAACGAGUGCUUGUCAUUGACCAGUACUGCAAAUUGUAAAAGUCUCAAGAUGGAUCAGAUACAACACAAGUAUAUUCACAUAAGAGGAGUGAAGCUUCACGUUGCUGAGCUUGGAACAGGUCCGAGAGUGGUAGUAUUUAUUCAUGGGUUUCCAGAGGCUUGGUAUUCAUGGAGGCAUCAAAUUGCAGCCUUGGCCGCCGCCGGUUACCGCACAAUAGCGCCUGAUUUAAGAGGAUAUGGGUUAUCUGAACCCCACCCUCAACCUGAAAACGCAUCUUUCAAUGACUUCGUUGAAGAUACGCUUGCCAUUCUUGAUUAUUUACAGAUUGACAAGGCUUUUCUUGUUGGGAAAGAUUUUGGAUCAUGGCCUGCGUAUCUGCUAUCUAUUCUUCAUCCAAAAAGGGUUUCUGGGAUUGUUUCAUUGGGUGUGCCUUUCUUUGUUCCUCGGCCUAAUCGUUAUCAGGGCCUCCCUGAAGGUUUCUACAUUUUCCGAUGGAAGGAACCCAGAAGAGCUGAGGCAGACUUUGGCCGAUUUGAUGUGAAAACCGUGUGGCAAAGAAUCUAUAUUCUCUUCUCAAGUAGUGAAAUUCCGAUAGCUGACCAGAAUAAGGAGAUUAUGGAUAUGGUAGAUCCAUCUUCUCCUCCGCCACCAUGGCUAACCAUUGAAGAUCUUGCUAAUUAUGCCAUAUUAUACCAAAAAUCUGGCUUUCAUUCUCCAAUGCAAGUUCCUUAUUUCAAGUUAAAGCAUGAGAAUUUCAGCCUCAACAAUCCAAAAGUUGAAGUUCCAGUUCUUCUGAUAAUGGGUGGCAAAGACUAUUUCCUGAAAUUUCCUGGGAUUGAAGAUUACAUUACAACUGGAGAAGUGAACAAGUAUGUGGAUAAUUUAGAGAUAAAGUUUGUUGCAGAUGGAAACCACUUCAUUCAAGAGCAGCUCCCAGAUAAGGUUAACAAGUUCAUCGUCGCCUUCCUUAAUUGCGAGUCUAAUCAAGAUUAAGAAAACUAACCAUCAACUAAUGCUCAGAGCUAUAUAAGCCCAUAAUAAAAUGUACUGUAGUUGUUUGAAAUAAUAUUGAAACUCUCUUAUAAUGGUAUUGGUGUCGCCUGCGCCAUCUUGGAUGAUUUUCUGAAUAAAUUUUCUUGUUACGAAGUAA